AGCAGCAGCAGCCGCCGCCGCCCCAGGGUGAAUAUUUCAUAUCAAGAUGGCCCCAGUUGGGGAACUGGACGCAUCUGGCUCCUUGAACCCCUCACUGCUCCCAGACCUCCCCAAAGGGCCACUUUGCGCAUACCGGAAGAAGGCAUCCUUCAGGUGGAAGGAGUUGGCCCUCUUCAUUGAGGAGGAAGACCUGAUCCGUUUUAAGCACAAAAUAUUCUCAGCACUUGAAAAUGACCCUCUGUUUGCUCGUGUUCCUGGAGAAGAAUUGUCGCUUGAGAAGUACCGGGAGCUGACCUUUCUUCGCUGUCGGAAGCUUUUCGAAUAUGAUUUUCUAAGUUUGGAGGAGAUUCUUGAAAAACCCUUGAAAGUGGUAGUGCUGAUCAGCUGCCUGGGGAUGUACGAUUGGUCUCUCGGGACCAAGUACUUGCUCAAUUCCCAGGUGUUCAGAAGUACCAUUGAGAGUACAGGAUCUGAAAGACAUGAAAAAAUUCUUAAACAAGUCGAAAAUAUGGAGGUUUUUGGAUGUUUUGCGCUGACGGAAAUAAGCCAUGGCAGCAACACCAAGAAUAUCCGAACUGUUGCUAGAUACGACCCAGCCACACAGGAAUUUAUUCUUCAUUCACCUGACUUUGAAGCUGCCAAGUUUUGGGUCGGCAACAUGGGGAAGAAUGCCACUCACGCCGUGGUCUACGCCCAGCUCUAUACUCCAGAUGGCCAGUGCCACGGAUUGCAUUCGUUUGUGGUGCAGAUUCGAGAUCCAAAAACCCUGCUUUCAAUGCCAGGUGUGUUGGUUGGUGACAUAGGCAGGAAGCUUGGGCAGAAUGGUUUGGAUAAUGGGUUUGCUAUGUUCCACCACGUGAGGAUACCCAAAGAGAAUUUACUGAACCGAACUGGAGAUGUGACUGCUGAGGGGAAUUACACAAGUGCGUUCAAGGAUCACAAGCAGCGCCUGGGGGCUUCCCUGGGAACGUUGUCCAAUGGGAGAGUUAUGAUCAUUGCUAUGUCUGUGGUCAAUUUGAAGCUGGCCAUAUCCAUAGCCAUUCGCUUCUCGGCCACCCGACGCCAGUUUGGGCCGACAGACGAUGAAGAGAUACCCGUUCUGGAAUACCAAAUGCAGCAGUGGCGCUUACUUCCUUACUUAGCUGCAACGUACGUCUUGGACUAUUUCUCCAGAACGCUGUUCAUUAAUUCCAUUGAAUUCCACAUAGGGCUCUUGAUGAAGGACAAGAGUUCCCAGCAGGUUGAGCUGGGGCGUGAGAUCCAUGCCUUGUCUACGUCGGGCAAGCCACUCUCCUCCUGGCUUGCCCAGCAAGGGAUUCAAGAAUGUCGCGAGGCCUGUGGUGGACACGGCUAUCUGGCCAUGAAUCGUCUGGGUGAUAUUCGUAAUGAUAAUGAUCCGAACUGCACUUACGAAGGAGACAAUAAUGUUUUGUUACAGCAAACUAGCAACUACCUGCUGCGGUGGGUGAGCGCCAGAGGCCAAGGUCCUGUUUCAUCACCUCUGAGAUCAGUUGAUUUUUUAAAAGAUUAUGAUGAUAUUCUCUGUCAGAAAUUCAUGGUCCCAGAUGCUCAAGACCUCAUGGACUCUUCAGUUUCUUUAAGGGCAUACAAGUGGCUAGUUUGUUACUUGCUCCAAGAAAGCACCCAAAAACUGAGAAAGCAGGAAGAAUGUGGCUGUGCUGAUUUUGAGGCAAAGAACAAUAGCCAGGUGUAUUAUUGUCGUUCUUUAGCCAUAGCUUUUAUUGAACACACAGUUUUACAAAGAUACCAUAAACACGUGCACAGUUCCAGCACACCAGCAAGCCUUCAAUCGGUACUGAAGCUUAUUUGUUCACUCUACGGACUGUGGUCUUUAAAUAAGCAUAUGGCAAUACUCUACCAAGGUGGCUACAUGUCAGGUGAAAAUGCUGGUAAAUUGAUACAAGAUUCAAUUCUAGAACUUUGCUCAAAGCUGAAGGAUGAGGCGGUGGCUCUGGUGGACGUCAUUGCUCCCCCCGACUUUGUUCUCGGCUCACCAAUUGGCAAGGCCAAUGGAGAGCUCUAUAAAAAUCUAUGGGGUGCAGUUCUUCAGGGCCCGAAGAUACUGGAAAGGCCAUCCUGGUGGUCAGAAUUUUGUAACAAUAAACCUGCCGUCGGUAAGUUGAAGUCCAGAAUGUAAAUGGAAAAGGACACGAAAACUGCUUACAAAGGAACUGUCUGAUUAACCUUAAUCUGGAUCGUACGAGGGAAAGGAUCAUGUUCAAUGAAGGUGGCGUUCCUGAAAAAAGACAUGAAGCUUUGAAAAAGGAGCUAAGCGCCACAGAGCCUACCGGUGGAAGCUUCCUUAAACCUGCUUCUCCUCUGCUUUCAAAAUGAUUGACCGUCCCCUCUCUGUCCCCGUUCAGGAUUCCUGAAGAUAAAAUCCAAUUGCUUCCCGAACAAUAACUGUUAAACUAACUUUCUCUCCAUAAGCUAAUGACCAUGUUGAAAGCCAGCUGCUUUUUCCUUAGAUGUCAGUUUAAAUACUUGCAUUUGGUCCACGUGAUUAACAUAAUCUUAUUCUUUAAGAACAGAGUAGAAGAAAGAUUUCAAGCUUGAAUUACAUUGUCAUCAGUUUGCAUCUGAUGCCAACAUGCCAGCUCAACAUUGAAGGGGAUAAAGUAAGCGGCAGAUAGGAAAGGAAUGCUUCGAUUCCUCUUAGCUGCCGGUCUGGGAGCCAAUACUCUACACGCUCUUCUUUUUAAUAAGGUUUAGGGUAACCAACGCUGGAGAGAAAAAAGCCUUGAAUGUAUUCUCUUUCUGACAUCCCACCUGCCAUGUGCCUGGAAGACUUUGGUGGGGAAGAGCCCGCUGCCUGCAGGGCAGGAGGAAGAUGACCUCGAUGCCCUGGCGAUGAAUCUUGCGUCUCUCCAUCAUGGUCAUCUUCCUUCCUCUCUUCACUGCCAGUGAGAGGUGGGAGGCCGUCCCAGUUCUGCAGGUCCACCCAACGCCCUUUUUAUUACCUGGUAAAAAGGACCCAGUUGGAACCCCCAGGCACCGUCAACGCUUAAUCAGAUCACCUCCUUUUCCCCCUCUGCUUUUGAGAAGCAGGUUCUUCUUCCUCGCUGGGACCAAGACCAGAAGGCGUCCCUGAGCCUAACUUUCCUCUGAAUCAGUGCAGGAAAAGGGAAGGUUUCUGUUUCCGUGCAUUACAGAAUCACAGGGUUGGAAAGGCAGAGGAGGUCAUCCUGUCCGAUCCUGGAUAAGCAUCUGAGCAAAUCUGUCUGCUCAGCUGGGAUGUAUUACGGGCUGGGCGCUGCAUCUGCUUGACUUGGAUUCCAGCUCCCGCCGCCCAUAAGGGAAAAUCCCGCAGUCCGGGUCUGGUAGCCUCAGUUCUGCAUUGCCAUAUAUGUCUGCACAGAGUAAUAAUAAAAGGAAAUUAUAAUG